AAAAUGAAGAGGGUUUUAGAGACAAAGGAGAGAGAAAUGUGGGCCCCAUCGCCACCGCCCAUGGGCACCCCCUCACCGCACCACCACCAUCAUUCCCAAUCCUUUGACCUAACCCUAACCCCAACCCCAACCCCAACCCCAACCCCCAAAUACCAAUACUUACCUAGCUAGCCCCCCCCCCCAACACAUAAACAUAAUCCCCCCUCUCUCUCUCUCUCUCUUGCUCUCUCUCUCUAAAUUAAGGAAACUGAUUGAUGUUAGAAGCUAGCUAGCUCAAGAAGAAGAAGAAGAAGAAGAAGAAGAAAAGAGAGAAGAGGAUCAUAUUAAUUCAUACGAGGAUAUAUAUAUAUGGUUGAAUCAGCCGAAUUAAUCUUGGUCUUUGUUGGUGAAGGUUGAAUACAAAUUUCUCAAGCAAAGGAAAGAAAGAAAAAAGCUUAGGUCAAAUUAUAGUUGUUGUAGGUAGAGAGAGAGAGAGAAGCGAGAUAUGGAUCAACUAGCUCACGGCCGCCCUCUGCCGCCGCCGUUCCACGCGAGAGAUCUCCAGCUCCACCACCACCACCACCAGUUCCAGCAGCACCCCAACCCCGACGACGAGCAGAGCGGCAACAACAACAACAACAACAACCACUCAUCCCUCAGCCUAAAGCGCGACCGCGACGAGAGCUACGGCAUGAACGCGGCCAACUCGGACGGCAAGGACGACGCGGCGGCGCCCGCGACGAGCGACCAGGGCGAGGUGUCGCGGCGGCCGCGGGGGCGGCCGGCCGGGUCGAAGAACAAGCCGAAGCCGCCCAUCAUCAUCACCCGCGACAGCGCCAACGCGCUCAGAUCCCACGUGAUGGAGAUCGCCGGCGGCUGCGACAUCCAGGAGAGCAUCUCCACCUUCGCCACGCGGCGGCAGCGCGGCGUCUGCAUCCUCAGCGGCAGCGGCACCGUCACCAACGUCACGCUCCGCCAGCCCGCCGCCCCCACCUCCGUCCUCACCUUGCACGGCCGCUUCGAGAUCCUCUCCCUCUCGGGCUCCUUCCUGCCCCCGCCCGCGCCCCCCGCCGCCUCCGGCCUCGCCAUAUACCUCGCCGGAUCGCAGGGCCAGGUCGUCGGCGGCACCGUGGUGGGGCCCCUCCUCGCCUCCGGCCCCGUCGUCAUCAUGGCCGCCUCCUUCGGCAACGCCGCCUACGAGCGCCUCCCGCUCGAGGACGAGGAAUCCGCCGCCGCCCCCGUCGGCAGCGGCGGCGGCGGGGGGCAGCUCGGCUCGCCCGGAAUCUCCGGGCAGCAGAUGAUGGGUGAUCCCAACGCCGCGGCGGCGAAUCUCUUCCAACAGAAUCCUCAGAAUCUGCUGCAAAUGCCGGCGGAGGCUUAUUGGGCCACAGGUCGCCCUCCAUUUUGAAAAUCCUAAUCAAAACAUGAUGAAUUUUCUUGCAAAUUCAUUUUGCAUUAAUCAAUCUCCUUUUUUUCUUUUUUCUUUUUGGGUUAAUUAAUUUCUGCUAAGAGUAGUGUUUCUUUUCUUGAAUUCAUGGUUGGUUUCAUCUGCUUAAAUUAGUUACGAAGCAUGCAGCUUUCAAAAUCCAGCAAGGGAUGUAUAAAUUCAUGAAUUCUUUUGUGCUACAUUUUCAUAUCAAAUUACCAUCCUUUUCUAUCA